CAGAGAGUCAACACCGAACCUAACCUAGAUCUCCAAAACAUAGUAAAGCUGCUCAUUGAAUUUUUCAUAUUCAUCUUCUUCAUAGUGAUCAUGAUCUCGCCAAUCAUAGUUGUUGCUUUAUGUAACCCGUACACUCAUCGAUGUUUUUUCUCUUACCAGAAACACAUAAGAUUUCGGGAACAGAUCUCAGAGGACGUGUUCAUAAGCGUAGUUCUAGUGUGCGUAAAAAAUUCAAAUGUAAUACUCAAAUGGGAGAACAAAAGCAAUCGUAUGGAUAUUACGUAAAAAAAUGUUGA